GGCUCACUUCCUGGGGUUUCGGUUCAAGCUCCAACUCUCGCGAUACUUCUCUGUUUCCAGGCAGAGAGUACUUUCCAACAUGGCAGCGUCGAGCAGCGCAGAGCAAACGCAGUUGCACGAUAUGGAGGAGGAAGAAGAAGGGAUGGAGGAGAGAGAGAUGGAAUCAGACGAGGAAAACCGCAUGCGAGGAGAAAAUUCAGACGAGGAAGAGGACGAUUCUUCGGAUGACGAGAAAGAAAAUGAAGCCGAGAUCCAACGCUUGGAGGAGCAGUUGUCUAUCAACGCUUUCGACUACAACUGCCACGUGGAUCUCAUCAAGCUACUGAAGCAGGAGGGGGAACUUCUCCGUCUGCGAAAAGCAAGGCAGAAGAUGAGUGAGCUCUUCCCACUCACUGAAGAGAUUUGGCUGGAGUGGCUCAAGGAUGAGAUCCGUCUGACUGAGGAAGAGCCAAACCGGGAGAAAGUAUAUGAACUCUUUGAGAAAGCCGUGACAGACUAUAUCUGUCCAGAUAUCUGGCUCGAAUUUGCUCAGUAUUCAAUUGGUGGCAUGGGCUUGCCAGGUGGGAUGGAGAAGGUGAGAUCCAUCUUUGAGAGAGCUGUGAUGGCGGUGGGGCUUCACAUGACGAAGGGACAGGCGGUGUGGGAGGCGUACCGAGAGUUUGAGAACGUCAUCCUGUCCACAGUACAGCCUCCCCCUGGCAGGGUUCCCAGCUGCGAGGAGCAAGGUUGUCUGAAUGUUCAGCUCGAGCGAAUCCACACACUGUUUCGCCGCCAGCUGGCCGUCCCUUUAAUGGACAUGGAAGCCACCUUUGCCGAGUACGAGGAGUGGUCUGAACAGGAGGUGGCUGAGACGGUCAUGAUUCAGUACAGAAAGGCUUUGCAGCAGUUGGCCAAGUGCAAACCUUUGGAAGAAGCACUGAUAUUAGCAGAACCUCCUAAGAUGGCAGAGUAUCAGGCCUUCAUCGACUUUGAACUAAAGGAGGGCGACCCGGCACGGAUCCAGAUCAUCUAUGAGCGGGGCCUGGCUGAGAACUGCCUGGUACCGGACAUGUGGACCAAAUACACAACCUAUCUGGACCGUCAGCUGAAGUUUAAAGACCUGGUUCUCUCCUCACAUGAGCGAGCGGUGAGGAACUGCCCGUGGACGAUGGGUCUGUGGAAGAGCUACCUCCUGGCUCUGGAGCGGUAUGACGCUGACCACGCCACCGUCUCAGAUGUUUUUGAAAAGGCGCUGAUUGCAGGUUUUAUUCAAGCGACGGAUUAUGUGGAAAUUUGGCAGGCAUUCCUCGACUACCUGAGGAGACGUGUUGAUUUCAGCAAAGAAUCAAGUAAAGAGUUGGAGGAGCUGCGAGGAUCUUUCGCCCGGUCUCUGGAAUACAUGAAACAAGAUGUUGAAGAAAGAUUUGGUGAAAGUGGAGAUGCUUCUUGUAUCAUAAUGCAGAUCUGGGCAAGGAUAGAGGCCCUCCACUGCAAAAACAUCCAAAAGGCCAGAGAGCUGUGGGACAGCAUCUUGACAAAAGGGAAUGCAAAAUAUGCCAACAUGUGGCUGGAGUACUAUAACCUUGAAAGGUCUUAUGGAGACAACGCUCACUGUCGGAAGGCUCUCCACAGAGCAGUUCAAUGCACCUCAGAUUACCCUGAGCACGUCUGUGAAGUCCUGCUCACAUUCGAGAGGGUGGAAGGUUCUCUGGAGGACUGGGACGUGGCGGUGCUGAAGACCGAGACCCGGCUGAACCGAGUCAAUGAGCAACGAGCGAAGGCUGCUGUGAAAGAAGCUAACCACGCCCGCCAAGAGGAGGACCGAGGGGAUCAGCGGCAGAAGAACAAAGCAGACAAGAAGGGUCAGAAGAAGGGUCAGAAGGGACCAGGAGCUGUGUUGAAGAGGAAAGCAACGCAGGAUGAUCACCAUAACGAUUGGAACAAUGACUCGGCUCCUAAAAGACGUAGAGGAACUAGGGACGGCGCCACAGAGGAGAACAUGGAGACUGAGGCGGGGAGGAACCCCCCACCUGGCUAUAAGCCCGGCAACAAAAGAGCCCAGCAGGGGUCCGCCGCCCAGAGUCAGAACGAUGAGAAGCCAGAGCUGCGUAACGAUGACUGCAGUGUCUUCAUCAGCAACCUGGCGUACACCCUGGAGGAGCCAGAAGCCAAGCUCCGGGCGCAGUUUGAGAGCUGCGGUCCCGUCGCACAGGUUCGCCCCGUUUUCGCGACCAAAGGCACCUUCAAAGGCUACGGCUAUGUGCAGUUUGAAUCCACAGUGUCUGUCGCUGAAGCCCUGAAGCUGGACCGACGGGAAGUGGAGGGCAGGCCCAUGUUUGUGUCUCCCUGUGUGGACAAAAAAGAGAAUCCCGACUUUAAGAUCUUUAAAUACAACACGACCAUGGAGAGGCAAAAACUCUUCAUCUCCGGGCUGCCGUUCUCGUGCACUAAAGAGCAACUGGAGGAAAUCUGCAAAAGUCACGGCACCGUCAAAGACCUUCGCCUGGUCACGUAUCGCUCUGGAAAACCCAAGGGUCUGGCGUAUGUUGAGUUUGCCGACGUCACCCAGGCGUCUCAGGCAGUUCUGAAAAUGGACGGCAUGGACAUCGGGGAAAACAAAAUCUGUGUUGCGAUAAGUAACCCCCCGCGGAGAAAUAUGAUGGAUAAACCUGGUUUCGACAGAACGGACUUAAUGCCUCGGCAGGUCUUUGGAGGGAGAGGCAGAGGGCGCACGCAGCUGUCGUUGAUCCCUCGAUCCCUGCACCGGCAGAGUGAGCCUGUGAGCAAAGUAAAGAACGGAACCGUGGACGCGGCGGGAGAUAGCAGCGCAGCCGGAGAGACGAAACCUUUGUCAAACUCAGACUUUGCCAGGAUGCUUCUCAGCAAGUGAGAGGAGGAGGAGGAGGAGAGAAAUAUGACUGCCUUCGGACCGAAAGCCAUCUUGUGUCCUUACAAAUACGUCUUGGAGAGUUUUCUGUAUUUGGUUAGCUGGCUUCCCUUUAACCUCAGUCCUGUCAGGUGGCCAACCUCUGCCCUCCAUCGGAAAGACUUCACCAGUGGGACACAUUGUUUUCAUUUUGCUUGUUUGAAGGUAGAUGGCUGGGUAUUUUAUAAAAAGAAAGUGUAUGAUAUUUGUGUGUAAAUAUAUUGUAUCUAAAAUGGUACGCCUCGUGUUGCAAAGUGUCUUCUUUUGUUGUGAAUUGUGAAACAGAACUAAGAGAAGCAAACAGCGGAGUAUCUUUUUUAAAUAGUCAUAACAGAUAAACUAGUUGAUGUUGUUUUUAAAAAAAAGUGAGAUGCAAAAUGUCAGCUGUGGUGUGUGUACAGAAGAUGAAUGUACUA